AUGAAGAUUCGCGCGGUGACGCGCGCGUGCGCGCUCGCGACGCUCGCGCUGGCGCACGCGGACGUCGCGGGCGCGGCAUCGUUCGCGGUGGGCGGCGGCGAUGGAUUCGCGGGCGCGCCGUCGUUCGCGGAGGAGGAUUACGCGUAUCAGACGCCGGAUUUGGCGGUGGAUUUGGCUUCGCCGCUGGUGGCGUAUCGUCUGGUGACGACGGCGCUUCGGCAAGAGGUGCCGCUGUGGCUCGACGCGAUCAUCGUGAGCGCGGCGCUGGGGGCGCUGUGGGUCGUCGUCACGGGUAAUCACUCGCUGGACUCGGUGUUGCAGUAG